AUGCACACCGGGCCCAGGGCAAGCCCCCGAGAGACGGCACAGCCGGGUGGGGCAGGGACCGCGAACGGGCAAGGAGAGACGAUGGAGGAGAAGCGUCGAGCAAAGAAAGAAAAAGCACGGCAGGGAGGAAGGGGGGCCCCCCGGGCUGGACCAAGCCCGGCCGAGGCAGGCACCAGGGCGGCCCCGCCACGGGUGAAAACCGGCCGGCCGCCAGGGCACGGACCCACGGGGGUCUCACCGCCACAGGCCUCCGAGCGCCGCGGCGGUCCCAGCGGGAACCGAGCGGCGACCGACCGCCCCCUGGACGGGCCCAAACCCGGCAAACCACCCCCGCACGGGAGAGGCCCAGGGGAGCCCCCAAACCGCCAAGCUGCCGGCACACAAAGCUCAGGGGCUGCGCGCGCGGGCAAGCCCCUGGGCAAGAGAAACGCUCUUCCCCCAACGCACGCACGACCCAACAACCCCCCUCCCGAAGGAGGAGAGAGAGGGCCGGCGGCGCCGGGAAGAGACGCACACGCGAGCGCCUCGACGGCCAAGGCAGGGGAGGGCAGGGCUCGGUGCAAAGCGCGCCCAGGGGAGCGCUCUCGAGAGGCGGGCCCCUGGCACUGGCCAGGCCACCGUGGAAAACACGCGCGGGAAUCCCACCGCUACAACACGAGAGCGGUCCCGCGCCCACGCCCGGGGCGCCAGCCGGCCUUCAGCCAAGCCCAUCGAGAGAGCCUCUUCCCCGCAGGCCCGAGCCCCCGAAAACCCCAGGGGGGUUCCCCCCCCCAAGCCGAAAACCGUCGCGGCACCCGCCGGCGGCACAGCUCGCUUCUUUCCAUCUGCUUCCCAGUCCUUUCAAGGUCCUUCUUCCCCCACCCGCCACCGCGACGGGGGGGCUUGCACACGGUCCCCAUGCCACCGCCACUCACGCUCCUCCUCCCCGAGCAAGCGAGGCGGCCCGACCCCGCCCUGCAACCGCAAACACCACCCACAGGCCGCAGGGCUAAAGCCCGGGACGUGGGGAGCGGGAAACGAGGGAAGCCCGGGCUCUCGGGGCGGGGCGGGGCAGGGCGGGGGGGGCGGUGA